AUGAGACUCAAUUUAUACCUGGCAAGCCUCGGCCCACUAUUUCGAUUAUGGCCUUCUGGAAAGACUGUGUGGCCAAGAGGGAAGUACCACGUCGUGGGGGUAUCUGGUGCAGCAGCCCGCAAGAUCUUUCUCGAUAAUCGUGACUUCGAUUUCGUGCGCGGAGCUGCUCUCGUUGGCCAUGGACCGGACUUUGUCCCUCCUCUUCACGAGAUCUUCCACAACAACUAUCAAAACGGCAGAAGCUACUUCCAGCGCCGUUUGGUUGACCUGCAAAAGUCGGAGCAGCUAGCCAAGCGUCUGCCCGGCGUGACGAGAGAUGCUCGAAUGGCUUUUGAGGCCCUUGGCAAGAACCCCUCUGGCGUCAUGAACCCGACCGAUGCGUGCUAUCGGCUGGUGGUGCAGCAGGCUUGUCGCGUCGUGUGCAGCGGAGAUCUCCAACAGUCCAAAGCUUCUCGAAAAGUGCCAGAACGUCCUGUCACUGCUGAUGCAUACCAGCAGUAUACACACAGUUGCGCUUCCGUAUCUGCCCUCAAUUGCCAAGAUGAAGCGCCGGUGGGGAAGAUACGGGCUGAGUAG